CUGCUUGCACUCCACGAGGAAGGGCCGACCAGGGGUACCUCCACGCGCCUAAUCUCCUUGCCGUGCGAAGGACCUGCAAAGCGAAACCAAAAGUAACCGCUCGGACUCCUUUGCCGUCGGUCUCCCCCGGCACCUCCGUGGCACAGGAAACGCUGCGCGGAGAGGGCUUGGAACUUUUUUUUACUAGUUGACGUUCGCCCUUCCCAAGGCGGUCCGAAUAGCGCCACCUCCUGGCCUGAGGUCCCCGGGGAGCUCUCCUCUCUCAGCAAGUCGGGACCUCUAUGUCUCUCACACACACACACACUGAAAAACAACACACUGCCUGGACAGGGCGUGAGCCCGAUGCCUCCCUUUCUUGGAGAAACAGAGGACCAGAAAAAUUUCCCGGGGAGAAGGGCAGUCAUGUUAGUUUGUUCCAAGCAAGAACGGAAGUCUGGCCUCUUAAAAAACGAGCGAGUUUCGUUUAUUGGGCAGUGACAUGGCACAAAGCCUGCUUUCAUUGCGAAGUCUGCAAGAUGAUGCUAACCGUAAAUAACUUUGUCAGCCACCAGAAAAGGCCUUACUGUCAAGUACAUAAUCCAAAAAACAAUACAUUCACAAGUGUUUUUGAGACACCAAUAAAUAUGAAUGUGAAGAAGCAGUCUGAAGCUAUAAGUGAGAUUAAGUAUCGAGAAGAAGGUGAGAAAUUCAAAUCUGUUUUUCACUGGGAUGUGAAAUCCAGAGAUAUGGCAACUGCACAGAAAAUACAACAACUAAACAGUCAGAAAGCCUACCAUGCUGCAUAUGAAGAAGGAAAAACCUGGUACUCAGAAAAUAUCCCCGAUUCAGAAGUGGUCAGAUUAACUCAAGCACAGAACACGCUGGAAUAUACCGAGGAACAUGAGCAGCAAAAAGGAAAAGGCAGCUUUCCUGCUUUGAUCACUCCAGCUUAUCAGAUAGCCAAGAAGGCCACUCAGCUAUCCAGUAAUGUAGAAUAUAAACAAGGACACAAAGAACGUGUUUCCAAAUUUACCAGUGUUGUGGAUACUCCAGAUAUACUUCAUGCAAAAUCUGGGGGACAGCUCACAAGUGACGUAAAAUACUUGGAAGAGUAUGAACAACAGAGAGGGAAAGGCAGCUUCCCUGCUAUGAUCACUCCAGCUUACCAGAUUGCUAAACGAGCUAAUGAACUAGCUAGUGAUGUUAGGUAUCAUCAAAGGUAUGAAAAAGAGAUGAAGGGAAAAGCGAGUCAUUCUGUUGGUGUCUCAAAGGAAAACAUAGAUCACUUUCAUCAGGAUUAUAUGGAUGAAUAUGAGGAGCAUAGAGGGAAAGGAAGUUUUCCUGCCAUGAUCACACCAGCAUAUCUAAAUGCUAAGAAAGCAAAUGACCUGGCUAGUGAUAUAAAAUACAAGAAGGACUUUUCACAGAUGAAAGGGGCUGCCCACUAUCAUUCUCUUUCAGCCCAAGAAAACCUUGCUCUUAAACAAGCCCAGAAUGUGAACAAGCUAUACAGCGAGGUGGAAUAUAAGAAGGAUCUGGAGAACAGCAAAGGCCAUAGCAUUAACUACUGUGAGACCCCACAAUUCAGGAACGUUAGCAAGAUCUCAAAAUACACCAGUGAUCUCAAAUACAGAGAACAUUACCAGAGCCAGAAAGGUCAUUAUGAAGGAGUUGGCAUGGACAGGCGCACGCUGCAUGCCAUGAAGGUUGGAAGUUUGGCAAGCAAUAUAGCCUAUAAAUCUGAUUACAAACAUGAUGAUGUUGACUACAAUUAUCCAGCUACCCUUACUCCUUCAUAUGAAACAACAAGGAAGCUAGUCCCUUUGAAAGAUGUAAACUAUAAACAAAGUAUAGACAAGCUGAAAUACAGCCCCAUCAUCAGCACACCUCAGAUCAUUCAAGCAAAAAUCAACGCCCAGCAGCUUAGUAAUCUGAACUACCGAGCACAAUAUGAGAAAACCAAAACACAUUAUACUUUGCCUCAGGAUGUACCACUGUUACUGAAGGCCAAAGCCAAUGCAGAAUUAUAUAGUGAGAUUAAGUACAAAGAAGGCUGGCAGAAAAGCAAGGGCCGCGGCUUUGAAAUGAAGUUGGAUUCCAUGUCUUUGCUUGCCGCCAAAGCUUCAAGGGAUCUUGCCAGUGAUAUUAAAUACAAAGAAGAAUAUGAGAAAACAAAAGGGAAGGCAAUGGCAAACAAAGACUCAAGACUAAUGCACUCUCUUCAAGUAGCUAAAAUGAGUAGUGAGAUUACAUAUAAAAAGGACUUUGAGAAGAAUAAAACUCAUUUUCAUUUACCUAUGGAUAUGAUAACCUUGGAACAUGCUAAAAAAGCCCAGGCACUGGCUAGUGAUCUUGACUACAGAAAGAAAAUCCAUGUGUAUACUGCGGUUCCAGAAGACCUAAAGACACAGUGGGCUAAAAAGGCCUAUGGGCUACAGAGUGAGCUUCAGUACAAGACAGAUCUUACCUGGAUGAAAGGAGUUGGAUGGGUAGCAGAUGGAAGUAUCAAUAUUGAGCAAGCCAAGAAAGCAGGAGAACUCAUUAGUGAGAAAAAGUACAGACAGAAGGCAGAUGCUCUAAAAUUCACAAGUGUGGCAGACAGUUCUCAGAUCAAACAUGCCAAGAAGAGCCAGGAACUGCAGAGUGAUAUUGCAUACAGAUCAGGGAAAGAGGAUUUCCUUCACAGUUACACCAUCAGCAAAGAUGAGCCUCUGUUCAUACAGGCCAGAAUAAAUGCAGCAAACAUUAGUGAGAAAAUCUACAAGAGUAGCUGGGAGAAGCAGAAAGAGAAAGGAUUUGAGCUUCAUCUUGAUGCAAUACCAUUCUUGACAGCCAAAGCAAAGAGGGACUUGGCAAGCGAUCUAAAGUACAAGGAGAAGUAUGAGAAGACAAAAGGGCAGCUGAUUGGGGUGAAAGGUGUGAAUGAAGACUCCCAGAUGGCUCACUCACUUCAUGUGUCAAAACUGCAGAGUGAUCUGGAGUACAAAAGGACAUUUGAGAAUGUGAAGAAUCAAUAUCAUGUAUCCAUGGAUAUGAUCAACCUUGUCCAUGCCAAGAAAGCUCAGGAUCUGGCCACUGAUAGGGGCUACAAGACAGUCAUGCAUCGUUACACAGCUUUGCCUACAGACAUGAAAGUAGAAUGGGCCAAGUGGGCAUAUGGCUUGCAGAGCGAUAACCGAUACAGAGCCGAUUUGAACUGGAUGAAAGGAGUUGGAUGGAUCGCCACUGGGUCAUUAAAUGUGAAGCAGGCUAAGAAGGCAGGAGAACUCAUUAGUGAGAAGAAGUACCGUCAGCAUCCAUAUGCUUUGAAGUUUACCAGUAUUAAAGACACUCCUGAGAUGAUCCAGGCUAGAAUUAGUUAUAACCAGGCUGUGGAUAGAUUGUAUAAGGAGCAUGGAGAAAACAUCAAACAUCACUACACCCAAAUAGCAGAACUUCCUGAGAUCUUUCAAGCCAAGCAGAAUGCUUUGAAUAUCAGUGAGAUACACUACAAGGAAUCUUGGAGCAAAAUGCAAGACGGUGGUUAUAAACUGAAACUGGAUGCCAUUCCUUUCCAGACCGCAAAGGCUUCCACUGACAUUAUAAGUGAUUACAAGUACAAGGAGGCAUUUGAGAAAACGAAAGGCCAGAUGAUAGGCUGCUGUGGCUUGGAAGAUAUAAACAUUUCUCACUCAGUACAUGCAGCUUUGCUACAGAGUGGUAUAAAUUACAAGAAAGAGUUUGAUAAUCAGAAGAGCCAGUUCCACAUACCAUUGGACAUGGUGAAUUUAGUCCAUGCUAGAAAAGCCCAAUCUUUGGUCAGCGAUCAGAAAUACAGACAGAUGCUUCACAGCUAUACUUCUCUUUUUGACGAUGUUAGGCUACAAUGUGCCAAGAAAGCUUAUAAACUGCAGAGUGAGAAUUUAUACCGGUCUGAUUUGAACUUUAUGAGAGGAGUUGGCUGUAUGAUACCAGGGGCCUUAGAGAUUGAAGCAAAGAAGAAAGCUUCUGAACUCAUCAGUGAGAGUACAUACCGUCAGCAGCCCCAUUCCUUCAAGUACACAUCGGUGACAGACUCUCCUGGCCUCCUUCAUGCAAAAUUCAGCAAUAUGAUUGCUAAUGAGCGCCUGUACAAGGCAGCAGGGGAGAAUGCAUUGCAUCACUACACAGUAACUUUGGGCCUUCCAGAAUUUGAAAGGGCAAGAAUGAAUGCAAUCAAUGUCAGUGAGGCAAAAUACAGGGAAUCUUGGCAUAAUCUCCGUGCUCAAGGCUACAAGCUGACAAUGGAAGCAAUCCCUUUCCAGACUGCCAAGGCCUCAAGAGAAAUUGCCAGUGAUCUUCAGUACAAACAUAACUUUGUUCAGGAGAAGGGCAAACACAUUGGUGCCAAAAGCAUUCUUGAUGAUACCAAUCUGCUACACUGCCUGUAUGCAGCUAAGUUACAGAGUGAACAGGAAUACAAGAGAGGCUCCAGAGAUAUCAUUUCUCACUACCGCCUUCCUUUCGACAUGGUCAACCUAGUCCAUGCCAGGAAGGCCCAGAACCUAGUGAGUGACCAGGAUUACAGGAAGAGACUUCAUGACUACACAGUGAUCCCUGAGGACUUGAAGAUGAAAUGGGCCAAGAGAGCUCACCUGUUGCAGAGUGAGUCUCGCUAUAAAUCAGAUCUGAACUUCAUGAAGGGGGUUGGCUGGGUGGCUCUGAGAUCCCCACAGAUAGAAAAUGUAAAGAAGGCUGGAGAACUCAUCAGUGAGACAAAAUAUCGGCAGAAACCAGAUAGUCAGAAGUUCACCACAGUGACUGACUCUCUGGACUUCAUCCAUGCUAGGAACAGCUACAUUCAAUGCAAUGAGCGUCUAUAUCGAGCUGGCCAUUUGGACUCCAUGCAUAGGUAUACUCUGCCCCCUGACCACCCUGAGUUCAUAAGGGCUCGUCUCAAUGCUCUCCAUAUCAGUGAUAAACUGUAUAAAACAUCUUGGGAGCAGAUGCGGCAAGCUGGCUAUGAUUUCCGACUGGAUGCCAUCCCCUUCCAGACAGCUAAAGCUUCCAGAGAAAUUGCCAGUGAUUUCAGGUACAAAGAGGCCUUCCUAAGGGACAGGGGUCAGCAGAUUGGAUUUCGAAAUGUUCAUGAUGAUCCUAAAAUGAGACAUUUCCUCAAGAUGGGCCACCUCCAGAGUGACAAUGAAUACAAGAGGGAUUUUGUCAGAAGCAAAGCGCAAUUCAAGAGCCAAAUUGAUCAGCCGGGAUUUAUCCAUGCAAAGAAAAGUCAACAAUUGAUCAGUGAUGUAAAUUACAGGCAGCACCUGCAUCAUUAUACAUGUGACCCAGAACAGCUGAAUCUCAAGCAUGCUAAACAAGCUUCCAAACUUCAGAGUGAUGUCAAGUACAAAUCUGACUUGAACUGGAUCAAAGGUAUUGGCUGGACCCCUCCAGGUUCUUACAAAGUGGAAAUGGCUAGAAGGGCUGCCGAGUUAGCAUAUGCUCAGGAAGAGGUGCCUCCAGGAAAUUGGGAUGAAUAUGCAUUGGACACUGAACAGACAGCAGGAGAAGGAUCCCAGCAAGUCAAAAUCAAUGCAGAUGCAGCAGAGAUUCUGCAAGUCAAGCGGAGAAAAAUGAAACUAAUUAAGAAAUGAACUGAAACGUAGGCAUCUGCCAUAGGAAAAUGCAUCUGUUUUUCAGCCUGCUCUGCAAGUCAUGUUGCUAUUCUGACCCUCUUGUGUACUAUAGGGGAUGGCACAAAAAAGCCCAUUUUGUCUUUUAAAGGGGAUUAACUAACCUGACACAAGUACUUUAAUAUUGAUCUUCAUAUUUCUGCAUGGAUACUGUAAGUGAUUUUCAGUAUAUGUAUUAUGGAACUUAGUAUUUAUUAUGACAGCAAAAGAGAUUUCUACUAGGUGACUGGCAGGCUCAGCUUAGUAUAAAAAAAUGAAUGAAUCAUGAUUUGGUAAAAGCAAAAUUAUUUGUAUCAAAAAUAAAUUACCAAAAUCCCUUUUUGCUUAAUGAGAGUUUCCUGUUUUAUGGGUAUAAACAAAACUGAUGAUUUAAUUUGCACAUUCUGAGAGGGCCUGACCAGAUGCUGGAUCAUUGUUUUAUUGUCCUUUAAUAGGUGGGCAUGGAGGAGUAAUGUAAGGGAUGUGGUGGC